CCUAACUCCUCACUCCUGCUGCCCUCUCCACUCUCCACUCUCCUGCGGCCCUGCCUCCUGCCUCUCUCUCACGCCGCGUGGCCGUCUCUCUCCGGCUACCUCUCUCGCUCGCCUCCCGCGGCACUCUCUCUCUCUCUCUCUCGUUGCAGGCGGCAAGCCUCUGUGUCUCUCUCUCGUCUCCCGUCGUGUCCAGUGGCUUAACUUCACCGUCGUCUCCCUCACUUUCUCGUUGCAAGCGGCAAGCCGUCGUAUCUAUCUCUCGUCUCCCGUCGUCUGCCUUCUUUUAAGGGUAAAAGAUGGUGCAGUAUAAUUUUAAGAAGAUUACUGUUGUCCCAAAUGGGAAGGACUUCGUUGACAUUAUUCUCUCUCGGACCCAACGAAAAACACCAACUGUUGUCCACAAGGGGUAUGCUAUUUCCCGCCUCCGUCAGUUUUACAUGCGCAAAGUGAAGUAUACCCAACAGAACUUUCAUGAGAAGCUCUCUACAAUCAUUGAUGAGUUUCCUCGAUUGGAUGAUAUCCACCCUUUUUAUGGGGACCUUCUUCAUGUUCUCUACAAUAAAGAUCACUACAAGCUUGCCCUUGGUCAAAUCAAUACUGCAAGGAACCUUAUUAGUAAGAUUGCAAAAGAUUAUGUGAAAUUGUUGAAGUAUGGUGAUUCACUGUACCGAUGCAAGUGUCUGAAGGUUGCUGCUCUUGGCCGCAUGUGUACUGUGAUAAAGAGGAUUGCUCCUAGUUUGGCUUACUUGGAACAGAUCAGACAACACAUGGCGAGGCUACCUUCAAUUGACCCGAAUACUCGGACAAUCUUGAUUUGUGGGUACCCCAAUGUCGGCAAGAGUUCAUUCAUUAACAAGAUCACUAGGGCUGACGUAGAUGUCCAGCCCUAUGCUUUCACCACAAAGUCACUCUUUGUUGGUCAUACAGAUUAUAAAUACCUGAGGUACCAAGUCAUUGAUACACCGGGAAUUUUGGACCGACCAUUCGAAGAUCGCAACAUUAUUGAGAUGUGCAGUAUAACAGCUCUAGCACAUCUGCGAGCUGCUGUGUUGUUCUUCUUAGACAUCUCAGGGUCUUGUGGAUAUAGCAUUGCUCAACAGGCUGCUCUUUUUCACAGUAUUAAGUCACUAUUUUUGAACAAACCGUUGAUUAUAGUUUGCAACAAGACUGAUUUGCAAUCACUAGAAGGGAUAUCAGAGGAAGACAAGAUGUUGGUCAUGGAGAUGAAAGCUGAAGCUAUGAAGACUGUGAUUGGCCAAGGAGGUGAGCCUACAGAUGACGUGGGGGUGCUGUUGACCAUGAGCACUUUGACUGAGGAGGGGGUAAUUGCUGUGAAAAAUGCGGCUUGUGAGAGGUUAUUGGAUCAGAGGGUGGAAUUAAAGAUGAAAUCAAAAAAGAUAAAUGAUUGCUUAAAUCGUUUUCAUGUUGCAAUUCCAAAGCCACGGGACCAGAAGGAAAGGCCACCUUGUAUACCUCAGGCAGUUUUGGAAGCUAAAGCUAAGGAAGCAGCAGAGAAGGAAAAGAGGAAAACUGAAAGGGAUUUGGAGGAUGAGAAUGGUGGUGCAGGUGUAUACUCUGCUAGUUUGAAGAAGAAUUAUAUCUUGGCCAAUGAUGAAUGGAAAGAAGAUAUAAUGCCUGAAAUUAUGGAUGGGCACAAUGUAUAUGACUUCAUUGAUCCUGACAUUUUACAUAGGCUUGAAGAGUUGGAACAAGAAGAUGGGCUACGGCAGGCAGAGGAGGAUGAUGAUGAUUUUGAGAUCGAUGGCAAGGAAUUGACUCCAGAAGAGCAAAAAGCAUUGGCUGAGAUCCGGAAAAAGAAAAGCUUACUCAUACAGCAGCACCGGGUCAAGAAAAGCACUGCAGAGAGCCGACCUAUCGUCCCAAGAAAGUUUGACAAGGACAGGCGGUUCACAACAGAGAGAAUGGGAAGGCAGCUAUCCUCUUUGGGGCUGGAUCCAACUUUGGCCAUUAACCGAGCCCGCAGUCAGUCGAGGGGCCGGAAGAGGGAGAGAUCGCCUGACAGGGGAGCUGAUGAUGUUAUGGAUAUGGACGUGGACACACCUAACAAGAAGCUGCGAAUUAGAUCUAGAUCCCGAUCAAGGUCAAAAUCACGGCCUCCAGGUGAAGUCGUCCCUGGAGAGGGCUUCAAGGAUUCUACUCAAAAGAUUAAGGCAGUAAAACUUGCCAAGAAAUCGGCCAACAAGAGGAACAAGGAUGCUCGCCGUGGUGAGGCAGAUAGAGUAAUUCCUACUUUGAAGCCAAAGCAUUUGUUCUCUGGGAAGCGCUCUACUGGCAAAACAGACAGACGCUGAAAUACUUGAGGGAUGGUUGUUUAUUCAUUGAAGUGACGGUAUUCUGAACCUUUGAGUUGCUUUUGAGAAAGAACCUCGGUAUUUUAAUUUUCUGGUUUGGCUGUAGAUUUUGCAGCCUGAGUGACUAUGGCAGCAUAGUUUUCUUAUUAUCUUUGGUUCAGUACACAAUUUUGAGUUGAGAUAUGUUUUAAGUUGUAAUUUCGUGUAUGGGGUUGAACGUGAUUUGUGCCGGAAUUUUGGUUUGUUGUCACUCCUAUUAUUGUAAUAUUUUAGCUCAAAUAGGAAUUUGUUUUUUU